AGAUUUACUAAUCACUGUCGUCGUGGCAAAUGACACAGAAGUCAAGGAGUUCUAUUCAGAAACGGGAUAGACGGCAGUUUAAUUAUCUCCAGUGUAACUAAUGGAGAGGGCUGAGGAGACAGAUAAUUUUAUAAGUGUUGCUCAGGUGCCUGUAUAUGAACAGCUGGACAGAUUGUCCGAGCAUAACUCGGAUCCAGAAGAAGUCAUUCAGCCCCAUAGGAGACAGGCAAGGCGAGAGAAGGUGCCCAAGGAGCCAAUGGAUGUGAAAAUUCCACAAGAGAGGAAUGUGGAUCAAGAGCAGGUGCACAGAAGCAGAGAUGAGCAGUUACCAGGGCGACCGGAGAACACAACAACUGAAUCUCCUAAGAGAUGGGACAGGUGCAGACGAGGACACUUUCUUCAUGGACCAUAUCCAGCAACACACUUUGGGCCCAAGGCCUGUAUUCUUCCUAAUCCUACUUCUGUCAUGCACAUCCAGGAUCCAGCCAGUCAGAGGCUCACCUGGAGCGAGCCUCCCGUCAAUGUCCUUGUCAUUAAGAAGAUCCGGGACGAGAGUCUGCUGGAACCCUUCAAACAGCUCUGCAGGUUCCUGGUUGAGGAGAAGCAGCUGGUGGUUUAUGUUGAGAAGAAGGUGGUGGAGGACUCUGCUCUUUCAAACGACGAGGCUUUUCAUACUAUCCGAAAAGAGCUGUGCUCUUUCAGAGAAGGAUAUGAUGAUAUUUCCAAAUGUAUAGACCUGAUUGUCUGCUUGGGGGGUGACGGAACACUUUUAUACGCAUCUUCUCUGUUCCAGGGCAGUGUUCCUCCAGUCAUGGCAUUCCAUCUAGGCUCUCUGGGGUUUCUCACACCAUUCAAAUUUGAAUCAUACAAAACAGAGGUGACCAAGGUUUUUGAAGGAAAUGCAGCCAUAGUCCUCCGUAGUCGUUUGAAAGUGAAGGUGGUGAAAGACAUAAAGCAUGUACAGGAGACUGUAAACAAGUACAAAGUAGAAGAAAACGGACUUGUCCCGCAGAGCCACACUGACAAAGAGGCUGGAACCAUUACCAUUCAAUUACAGGCGCUCAAUGAGGUGGUUGUGGACCGAGGACCUUCCUCUUAUCUUUCCAACGUGGACUUGUAUCUGGAUGGGAGACUGAUUACCUCCGUGCAGGGAGAUGGUGUGAUCGUGUCGACGCCGACGGGCAGCACAGCGUAUGCCGCUGCGGCAGGGGCUUCCAUGAUCCAUCCCAACGUUCCAGCCAUCAUGGUGACUCCCAUCUGCCCACACUCCCUCUCAUUCCGACCCAUCGUCGUGCCUGCUGGAGUGGAGCUCAUGAUAAUGUUAUCUCCGGAUGCCAGGAGCACAGCGUGGGUGUCUUUUGAUGGCAGGAAGAGACAAGAGAUCCAGCAUGGUGACAGAAUCAAAAUAACCACGUCCUGCUAUCCAGUGCCCUCCAUCUGCUGCCACGACCUGGUUUACGACUGGUUCGAGAGCCUGGCUGAGUGUCUGCACUGGAAUGUCCGCAAGAAGCAGACCAGACUGAGUGACUCUCCAGACUCCUCCGACAGCGAGAACUGAGGCACAACGGUACAAUGAUGGGGUCAGAAAACACAAACCAGGGCUUGCAGCUGCAAACUACAUGGCCAUUCUCCAAGAGUUUAGUGACCUUGAACAAGGCCUUUCAGAAACUGGCAAGAAACCACUUCAAAAUAAAAAGCACUUUUCCACUUUUGGAGUAAAAUAUUUUGUGUACAGAACAGGUUAUAUUUUUAAGCUGUUCUCACCUACUUUAAUUGGUUUUAUAUAUAUAUAUAUAUAUAUAUAUAUAUAAUUUUUAAUGUAGCAUUAAUUAAAGAAAAUAAGCUGUUGGUAAGUGCAUAAUUAAGUAAAGGCUGUUUCAUCCCCACAUCAAACAGAACCAUGUAAGAAUUAAAAGUACCGUACCCAUGGGAAAACUUGUGGAGUGCCUUGGGGGAUACCAAAACAAAUGUGCGAGUCCCCAGUCUUGUCACUUGAAAAGCUGAUGGAAAGAAUGUACAGUAACUAAAGGGUGAUCAUAGACAUACCAGUAACCUUACAUGCCCUGCCAGCUGUGCAUUUCCUAGGAGGGCAUCCCAGGAAAUGUUCUUUUCUCCCAGAGAAUACCAAGAAAUGGAUUUGCAUGAUGGCCAUGUAUGCCUAUUUAUCACCCCAAAAAACAAAAAAAUAAAUAAAACGACAAAGUGGAGGUGUUAGUUGUUUUGUAAUUAUAAGUGUUUUAUAUAAAAUAAUAAAAUCUCGAAAUAGUUAAAAUUGUACUCAAAGUCUAUUUACCUGUAAAAUAUGUUCAGUUGACUGGUUAUGUUAAAUUGAAAAUAGUAUUUGAUUUAACCCAGAUUUUGGUCUGUUUAGUUUUGUAUGUAAUGUGUUUCUUUAUUUAAAUGUCAGGCUAAAUAUUACCAACUCCCCUGUGAUGCUAUUUAAAGAUGAGCCAAAUCAAAUGUUUUUUUGUUUUUUUUUGUUAAACAUAGUAUGUAAAAAGUAAUCAUUUGCAUGCUUUGCUUUAGAAGCACAUGGUCUGUAUUAUAUUUAAUUCUUCACAUUAGUAUAAAAAGACAACAUCACUGCUUUCUUAUUUUUUAUUGCAA